GUUUUGGAGAAAGUUACACAUCUACCGUGAUAUUAAAAGAUAUUUGCUCAAAAAAAUUGGCCUUCUAAUUUUAAGAUAGUACAAAACACAAUCAAAUUUAACGAAGAAAAAAUCCAGAAGUUCCUUACGUAUAUAUUUCGAUAAGACAAUAAUUAUGUUAUAUAUUAUAAGAAUUUUAAUAAAACGAAAAUUUCAUUAAGAGAAAAACCAUAGAAAAAUAAAAAUUGUGUUCUUUCCACUCACACAAAUCAGUGGUGAUACGAACACGAUCGCCGCUAUUGAAAAUCACAGCGUGACAACAUAUCAACAACCUCUAUGUCUUUGGCAAUGCCAUUUAUCGAUGAUGACUUACUGUGGUGUCCGGACAACGAUGGCAAAAUGGUCGAUUUGUCGUCCUGUCUUCAGGAUUCUGUUGCAGUGGGUCAACAGACCGUGGCGAUGGCGAAUUUGGGUGAACUUACCCAAUCAGACUUAACAAGCCUAUCAACAGGCUUAUCUGAAGAAAAUGAACAAAUAAAUGACACAGAAGAUAUAUUUAAACAAUUGAAUGAUACUAAUUUCGAAUUUAUAUUUAAUGAUCUCACCAAUGGUAACCAUUCAAAUGGUGUGGAGAUAAAGCAAGAAGAAAAUAACAAUAACCUGCCAAAUCAACAAUAUGAUCAAAAUGUGCCUACAUUAAACAAUAUUAGUGAUAAUACAAAAAGUUUAUUAUUAGAAAUGCGGACUGUCUCAAAAAAGUUUACAAUAGCUGCCGCGAAUCCAUUAUUAGCUGAAAAAUUAGCGUCACCUAGUGUACAAAUACAACAGCAACAUUCACCCAUGACACAAACCUACAAUAACAGUUGUAGACAACAACCAGAUUUAGCAUUGUUGGGAGUUAAAAUUGAAGCAGUAGACACAACUGAACUGCCACCAUAUCAUCAUCAACCAUCUGGUAAUUCACCAUCACCACCCCCGGUGGUGGUGGGUGCAACACGUUUAAACGGUACAUCAACAAUAAAUGGACAUCAUAAUUUGACAACGUUAAACAAUACUCAGCAUUCUUCACAUCCACAAAAUUUACAUUCAAAUACAAAUGGCAAUACCACAUCAAAUAAUAGUUCGAAUAGUAACAGUAAUAGUAAUCAAAAGGCAUUAUUACAUGGUAUAUUAUCUGGAACAGCAUCCGUAUCCUCAGCAUCAUCACAAUCACAUCCUGGAUCUCUAAGUCAUGUGCAUGCGUUAAUGACUUCAUUUCGUUCGCAUGUAUAUACGACAACCACAAAUACUGGUUCAUUACCACCAAGUCCUGCUGAUUCGGGUGUAUCUGAUGUGGAUUCUUCGUCAAGUGGACAUACUUCAUCUACCGAUGAAUUAAAAAUCCGUUUGGCUGGUGGUCACCAUGGUGCUGGACCCCAAUCACCGUUAGGAUAUCCGGGACAUCCACCUGGUGGACACCAUCCUCAACAGUUCCUAGCACCUUAUUAUCAUCACCAUUCACAACAACAAAGUCAUCAUCAACAGCAGCAACAGUCACAGCAACCUCCAGGAGGUGGGGGUGGUACGCAACAAACGCACCAAAUAAGACAGCAACCAACACAUCAUUCAAAUUCCAGUCAACCACCAGCCGGCUUGUAUACAUCAGUUAGGCAACAAAUACCAGACAGUUACAGUAGCUACCUGAGUACAUUACAACACCAUCAUCACCCACAACAAAACGGAGGUGUGUUAGGUGGUCCUGGAUCACAUCAUCACCAUCAUCAUCACAUGAAUGGUGUAACACCAUCAAAUAUUGUCCAUCCAUAUCACCAUCAAAAUAUCCAUCAUCCAACACACUUUGCUACACCUUCUCCACCACGGGGCUCAGCCAUCCCAACAUCCGUGAUACAAGCUGCUACCUCUAGUGUAAAUGAUGAACUUUCAUAUAUGUUAGAAAUUGGUGGUUUUCAUCCACGUAAAUUGAAGAAAGUCAAGAAAAUGAAAACAACUGGUGAACCUGGACCAAAUGGUCAAGUAAAACGUAAAAGUCGUGAAGGUUCCACCACAUAUUUAUGGGAAUUCUUAUUAAAAUUAUUACAAGAUCGUGAAUAUUGUCCACGAUACAUAAAAUGGACAAAUCGUGAGAAAGGUGUAUUUAAAUUAGUGGAUUCUAAAGCGGUUUCACGACUAUGGGGUUUACAUAAAAAUAAACCAGAUAUGAACUACGAGACAAUGGGCAGAGCUUUACGAUAUUAUUAUCAGCGUGGAAUUUUAGCUAAAGUUGAUGGACAACGUUUGGUGUAUCAAUUUGUGGAUGUACCUAAAGAUAUUGUUGAAAUUGAUUGCUCCGGGGCGUGACAAACUUUAUACGUAUAAAUUACAAAGUAAAAUAAUUCCAAUGCAUUUAAAGAUUUAAUUAAAUGUCAUCCUUUAUCUAUUAAUUAAUAUGCCCUCUCCUGUACACCGUAAUUUGACCCAAGCAAAUAUAUUUAAAUUCACUUUUUCGGGAAUCAAUAUAUUAUUUAUUUCG